AUGUUCUCCAUACUACUCUUGGCCACCUGGCUCGUAGGCGCAUUGGCACAAACGAAGACGACAACCAAUCUAUUCCAAGGCUCCCUCAUCUCACCGUCAGCGACCAUAAUCGGUGGCGCCAUCACGACUGGUAUAGCCGGUUCCAUCAUCGAGGUCAACUCCUGCGGCACCACAACCUACGCCAUCAUCUGCACAGAAGCGAGUCUGUGCCUCGCCAACGCAACAUACUAUGUCACGCAAGGCCCAACGACCAUUUUAGUGUCGUACAGUACCUCCGCAAACGGCACGGCGGGCACUGCACGCGAGAGCUGCUCGGUGGAUCAUAGCACUUAUGCUAUAUGUACGGAGACAGUAGUCUAUGAUGUAGCAGGCUCCAAGACGACCGUCUCGACUACCGCCGCGGCUUCCGGGACGGAUUUGGCGUACGCGACAUUCCCCAUCACGGCGGGAGCAGAGAAGAUUGCGAGGCCUACUGGAAAGUGCGGCACGGCUACUGCGCUGGGUGGCGUUGCUGUGGUCAAAGUGCUCGUUUUGCCUGCUGCUGCUGCAGUGGCGGUGGUAGCUGGAGCAUUGGUUUGA